CGAUGACAUCAUUUUUUCACUUUCUGUCCGAAAUUUUUCAUGAGAAAUCAUGAAAUUUUUCGCGCGCUGAGUUUCGAUCUUUUCAACAAAUUCAAAUUGGUGGGAGUAGUACACCAUCACCUCCGCCAAUACAUUUUUCAUCGGUCCAAUUGCUGAUGUCGGCUUUCCAUUACCAUCUUACUCUGUUUGAUCCUCUUUGUCAUCAAACCCGUUAUCGGCUACCAUUCCCACGGCAUGAAAUUUCACUGAUUCAAAGCAUCGUCACAAAUUAGAAACCUGCAACCAACGAGGUAAUACGGGAACACAACCAUUGUCUCGUUGUAGAACGCAAGAUAACUUCGAUCUGUUUCAACUUAUUGCAGGAUUAUAAUCGUGCCUAUUGGAAAACUUUCCGUCAGAUUUAUUAUCCAACAAGAUGUCAGGAAAAGGAGCCUAUCGUUCAAUGGGAACAGGAAACGAUGGAGGAAGGGUGACCAAAAAAGUUGGAUUGCGAUUGCGACUGAUGGGUCUUUUUCGGAAGAAAGGUGGCGUCAGCUCCGACGAGAAGAAGGUACGUCGAAACGCACGAAGUGAUCACGUUUACUCUUUAAGGCUUAUUGUCCUCGUUGUAUCCUUGCCACAACUAACCGUGACAUCAUCAUUGCUUAUAAUUCAAUAUCAAAAUACUAGCUUAUUCACCACGAAAGUGCAUCAAUAGACGACAGUACAGCAUGCGAGUCUCCAAGUAAAGAGAGCGAUGAUUCGUGUAGUGAACAGUUCGAUGUAUAUUUUGCAUCAUCUUUCCUUCCACACGUUGACACUAAUGGGAAGAAAAAAGCUCCCAUUGGCACGAAGAAGAAAUCAGUGCACUGGAAAGCGUUCGAAGAUGCCAAGGAAAUGGCAAUCCCCCCAUCUCCCCCCAAGUUAGUACGCACUCGCAAACAACCGCUGCCGAAUGGCUAUGCGACGAACAAAGCACACAAGACCGAAAGUACGCCAACAAGUCCAAGAAACUCUUCCCAAAAUGAGGUGCAAGUUCCAUGCGUUCCGUUGGAAAAUGAUUACAACAAUUUGACAACCGAUGUCCAAGCACCACCCGAAGAAAUCGUAGCUGAGAAAGCGAACGAAAGCCCUUCAAACGCUCUGAACACUACCGCAGAGCUUCUCUCUUUCGAUGAUGAUCUGAUAGAUACAGUGGAUAAAUCCCAGGCUGACUUCAACAAGAUGCUCGAUAGGAUGUCUUCAGAAUCCAAAUCCAUCCGGAUGAUGAAUCCUUUUUCGGAUGAAACUGUGCUCAUGUCGUUGCCCGAAGCAGGAACCGCUGAGAGCGAAAGCAUGAUCUCGAAACCUAUGGGCGGGAUUGUAAAAUACUUUUCUAAACUGAAGGCAGCUGUAGGCGAAACAUCCAAUCCAUCGCAUGAUGGCGAAGGGGACACCUGCACAUAUGGAACGACCGCUACCAGUGUAUACCCAGAACUCCUCAAGACCAAAAUGGAUUCCAUUGCAAAAGCAUUUUGUUCAGUGGAGUUAGAGUCAACAGCGAAAAAUUCUGAACUACCGACGAAUCAUCUGUGUACGUUCAUAGAAUGUACUGAUCCAACAAACGAUAUCCCAAUGGGCACUCUCCCCGAGCAUUUGCACGCCCCCUUGAACUUGAAUUCCCCUCUGAACCGUUCGUGGUUUUCUCUUAACGAAGAUUCUGAUUCCAUCAGCAAGCUUUCAAUGCCAAUCGGAACGAAUGACAUGGAUUUGAGCGUCACUUCAGAGAUGUCUCCAACUCCCCUCAUGGAGAAAGAACCAAUUGCCGGAUUUUCACAUGGUGAAACGCACCUGUAAUUAUGAUCCUUGUUUCACCUUUCUCCUCUCACUUAGAAUCUGAUAGAAAUCCUAUGGAUUGGGCCAACAAAAUAAAUACUAGUAG